UCUGAAAGUGAGGGGCCAGAGUGCAGGGAUACAGUAGGUGUAAGCACUGGUAUCCUCAGAGGCUCUUGCCAGUGAGAAAAUCAAACUGGGCCAUCUGGGGCAAAACCCAGCAAAUAUCAUGGCUGGCAAAAAACGCAGUGGAGGAUUCUAUAGGCGCAGGAGGCGAGCCAUCACCCGCUCCAGACGAGCAGAGCUCCAGUUCCCUGUCAGCCGCGUGGACCGUUUCCUGAGAGAAGGUCAGUAUGCCAAGCGCCUGAGCUCAUCCACUCCUGUUUUCCUUGCUGGAGUUUUGGAAUACCUGACGGCCAACAUCCUGGAUCUGGCGGGCAAAGAGGCGCAUAACAACCACAGAAAGCGCAUCACCCCAGAACAUGUGGAGAAGGCCGUGGACAACAACAUCCAACUCAGCUGCCUCUUCGAGGACGUUGCCAACUCUCGGGUGGAUAAGAUGCCCCAUCCCAAGAAGAACUAGUGAUGCCUGAGUCUCUAAGCCUGGAGGGAUCUCAUCUGCAGCUUCAUCCAGCCCUCAAGACUCCCAUAGCUGAGGUCCCCUGCUGUUGCAAAUGGCGACACUUGUCAUUAAAG